AUGUCUGUCCUAAGCGUCGCUCUGUCCAAAGAGCACACCUUCAGCAAAACUCCUGUCCGUUCCAUUACCUUGGUCAAAGACCUGGGUGUUGAAGGAGAUGUUCACAACGGCCUCACCGACCAACACCGACCCCGCCUCCACAUCAAGCCAGCCCCGGUGAAUCUUCGACAGGUCCAUCUCAUGCAGAAUGAGAUCCUCGAGGACUUUGGCGUCAAGCCGGCUGAUAUAGGUGAGAACAUCACCACGACAGGUAUUGAUUUACUGGCGCUAGGGAGGGGCACCCGUAUUCAUUUCCUUCCGGCCUCGGUUGUGACAGGAGGCGACGGAUAUACAGAUGGUGCUGGCGGACCUCAGCCGCAUGCGAUCAUACGUAUUACGGGGCUGCGACAUCCUUGUCCAAUGAUUGAGAAAUUCAGGGGUGGUUUGCAAGAAAAGUUCAUCGUCAGGGACCAGGAGAGGAAGAUUGUGGAGCGUAAGGCGGGUGUUAUGGGCGUCGUUGAAGUGGGCGGUACUGUUGAACCAGGUAUGCGGUUGAAGAUGGAAAAGCCAUCAGAAUUCGAACCUCUUGCAUGUGUCUAG